AUGCAAAGCCACCCGCCGUCGAACCUCCUGCAACCCAGUCGGCCGACCACUGCGACGCACUCGAGCGAUUCGACUACCUUCGGCUCGCCCGGCUUCGGGACCUCCUCGAGAACGCCCCCCCUCUCCUCCUCCUCCCCACCUCAAGAUCCGAAGUCGCGCCCGUUCGAACUGCUCUCGACUUUCUCUCGAUGGGCACCGGUCCGAGGGACAGUUCGCAUACGAGUGCAGGACCAGACCUUCUACGCACACCGGGAAGUGCUCGCACUCGCCUCGCCAUUCUUCGCUGGAGUCUUGCGAGGCGGAUGGAAGGAGACUGAAUCGCUCAGGCCGCAUGCGCGAGGACCCCAGGGACUUUCGAAGGCUGAGGAGUUAUUACGGACGACGUCUGUCGAUGGCCCGGAGGUCGACCCACUUCCCUUCCCGGGCGACGAAUCUUUGCCCGACCUCCCGCAACAUACGCCGCGACAGUCAGGACCGCUGCUCUCGCCUGUACGACCACCCUCGCUUGAUGCUUCUGUCGCCGCAUCGAGUGUCGUCGAAGAUACGGACGAAGAUGACGACGAGCUCGUGGAGGAAUGGGUUGAGUGUCGGUUACGGAUCCAGGAAGAGAACGCAGCGAGCUUCCAGGACCUCCUUUGUCACGUCUACCCGCGACUCGACUGCGCCAUCACCUGGUCGAACGUGGAGGACCUGAGUCGGAUGGCCCUGCUCUUCGACAUUCCGAGCUUGAGCAACGCGUGUCUCGCCUUCCUCCUGCCUUCCGCCGCCGGCCGACCUGUCCUCUGCAUGAAGAUCGCGGAGGAGAUGUGCAUCCCCGAACUCUACCGAGAAGCAAGCCGCUACAUUCUCGACAACUACGCCGGCUGGAGCAGUGAAGAACUCGCCGUUCUCGAUCCGAGCACGCUUCUCAAGCUCGAGCGGAAGCGGUCCUGGUUUCUCGAGCGGCUGCUCAAACUUGGACAGGUCUCGAUUCUGCGGGACUACUCCUGUCAACCCGCAUGCGACGACCCGUCUCGCUGCGCUCGCCUUGUCGACGAGAAAUGGCGAUCUGCAUUUGCGGCUGCAUUUCGCUUCGGAACCCCUCAGCCGUCAAUCAUCUUCCGAAGCCUCCGCCUCCUCGAGCCGUCUCUUUCCUCUCCCGCCCUACACCUGCCUUACACCGCCUGUCAAACUCACGCAAAGCUCUGGGUCGUCGACCUCUUCGACCGCAUGUUCCAGCUCGGCAUCACCCCCGCACGCAACUGGAGCUCCCUCACGCUCGGCGGCUUGCCCGCUUCUGCCUCGGCAACGACCAGCUCGGGCACCUGGGCGCAUCUGCGGACGGGUGCGGGAGACACGGUAGCGACGCAGAAGAAUACGUCGGCGAGGUACUUUCUUUCGAUUGAGAUGCGGGAGGAGUCGGCGAGCGCUGGAGAGAGAAGGAAGGAGCGAGGGUUUGGGUCGUUUGGCGGGUGA